AGACAAGUGGCCGUGGCUUUGGCUGGUGGAGAACUUGUGUACUUUGAGCUUGACCCGACUGGGCAGCUAAAUGAGUUCACCGAGCGCACAUCUUGGCCUCAUGAAGUGCUGUGCAUGAGUCUGAGUGAGAUACCGGAGGGUGAACUACGCUCUCGUUUCCUCACUGUCGGCAUCGCAGAUAGUACUGUUCGAGUGAUAUCAUUAGAUCCUCAAGAUACGCUGAGCCCUCUGAGUAUGCAAGCGCUUCCUUCUCAGCCUGAGUCACUUCUUCUUCUGGAGACGACAAGUGAAGAUAAUAAAGGAUCAUCUACAAUUCAUCUGAACAUUGGCCUUCAGAAUGGCUGUUUGCUGCGUACCACUGUAGAUAACGUCACUGGAGAUAUGAUGGAUACUCGUACAAGAUAUCUUGGAACGAGACCAGUUCGCGUGUUCAGAGUGCGCAGCCAGAACAGGGACGCUGUGUUGUGCACGUCUUCCCGAUCAUGGCUACUAUAUCAUUAUCAAAACCGUUUCCAUCUCACGCCAUUGAGCUACGUGACACUCGAAUCUGCAUCUAGCUUCAGUUCCGAGCAAUGUUUAGAAGGCAUCGUCGCUAUUGCAGAGAAUACUCUGAGGAAUCAUGGCUGUGGAAAAACUUGGAGCGUCUUUCAA